AUGUCUGAAAAGGAGAAAUUUGUGGCUUCUCUCACUGAUAAUGCUUCCUACUCUGAAAAACAUGACGAGGCAAAUGUUGUGAUUGAUUUAGAGGAUGGUAGCUCUGAUGAUCAAAAGGAAAGCUUGAUUUAUCACAUGAAGCCAAGUGUGGCUAAACGCAUGAAGACUCACAAAGGAAAAUCUGUGGCUGAACUUAUGUCAGCUAGAAAAGCUAAGAAGACUGCAGGUAUUGGCCCCUCCAAACCAUGGAGCAAGGUUGAAGUAAAGAAGAGGAAGGUCAAAGAUGAUUUUGAGCCUGAAGAGGAUGUUGAGGAAGAUUUCCCUGACAUCUCGCUUGCAAAGAAAACUAUUGUUAGGAAGUCUCCUGUUAAAGUCCCUGUUGUUCAUUUGGAUAACAUAUCCUUCCAUCUUGAGGAUGGAGCUGCUAAGUGGAAAUUUAUGAUUCAGAGAAGGGUAGUUGUGGAAAGGGAGUUGGGAAAAGAUGUUGCUGAUGUCAAGGAGGUCAUGGACCUGAUAAAAGUUGUUGGGCUGUUGAAAAUUGUUGUUGGGUUCUCUCAAUGCUAUGAAGGUUUAGUUAAGGAAUUUAUUGUUAACAUUCCUGAGGAUAUUUCUGAUAAGAACAACAAGGAGUUCUGCAAGGUGUAUGUGAGGGGCAGAAAAGUUGAGGGUGCAGGAGAAUUAGAAGUUACAAACAAUCAAGUAUGUAGGGAGAUUACAGCUAGGCAGGUAAAAGUUUGGUUUGUUAAAAAGCAUCUUGCUGCUGGAAAGUUGACUGUCAACUUGGAGCAGGCUGAGGGUGAAAAUAUUGAACAUGCUAAUGCCAGCCAUGAAGAAGAAGCUGAAAACCACACCUCUAGUGAGAGGUCUGCAAACAAUGAUGAUGCCAGUGGAAAUUCUGGUUCUGGUGAUGCUGAAGAGGCUGCAAACUCAAGCUCUACUGAGUAG